AUGUCUUUUCUUCAUACGCAUUCGAGCGAGUGUUUAAAGAGUGAACUCGACCUCUUCUUCUUACCACCCACGCAAACUAGUAUCGAGAGUUCACAAUGGAUUCAUUACAAACCCGUGACUUCGCUCUCGGACGACUCGCCGAUAGAAUUCGUCAUUCCCGGUCACGGAGAAGAAUAUUUAGAUCUCACGCACACCAUGCUGAGUCUUCGCGUACGCGUAGAAACGUCAAGCGAUUCCACAGGAUACGUUACGGGCGUAGGCGGCAGCGCGACGACGGACAAUGUAGGCCCCGUAAAUCAUUUACUGCAUUCCAUCUUCAAUCAGAUCGAUGUGUAUUUCAAUCAAAAACUCGUAUCGCCGCCAAACAACGCUUACGCGUACCGCGCCUACAUCGAGGCGUUGUUAAAUUAUUCUUCACCGGCAAAAACUUCCCAUCUAACCUCAUGUCUAUGGGACGCGGAUACUCCCGGACGAAUGGACGAGCCGGUGGAAUCAAAAACGACAAAUUCCUCUCUCGUGAGACGCGCUCAUUACAUACGAGGAGGACGAGCUCUAGAUCUUAUAGGCCAUCUCCAUUGUGAUGUUUUCAAUCAGGACAAAUUUUUAAUUAACGGUGUAGAAGUACGUUUGAGGCUCGUUCGUUCGAAAGAUUCGUUCUGUCAUGGAUAG